CAUGCUAAACUACCAAAUUCACAAAAAGCUCACCGACAUCAAGUGGGUGAACAUCUUCUCCCCAUGGGAUCGCCAGCGUGCCUACUUCGCCUUGGUCGUCUGGUUCGGGCUCAUCUACCCAUUCUGCUGCCUGUGCCAGGUGGCUCCGUUUGUGCUCUUUUUCACCGGCCAGUGGAUUAUUUUGGGUCUCUACGCAGUUUGGUACCUUUACGAUCGAGAAUCUCCGAGAAGAGGAGGAUAUCGGGAUAAUUGGUUCAGAAAUUUGUCGCUGCACAAGUGGUUCGCCGAGUAUUUUCCUGUUAAACUUCACAAAACUGCGGAGUUGGAUCCAAACCAAAAUUAUUUAUUCGGAUAUCAUCCUCAUGGAAUUCUCGGUGUCGGAGCGUGGUCUUGUUUUGGAUUUGAUGCGUGCAAUGUGAAGCAAGUGUUCAAAGGCAUCCGCUUCAACAUCUGCACCUUGCCCGGCAACUUCACCGCAAUGUUCCGCCGCGAGAUCCUCCUCAGCAUCGGUAUGAUCGAGAGCUCCAAAGAAUCCAUCGAGCACGUGCUCAACUCCGAGGAAAAGGGCCGUGCCGUUGUAAUUGUCGUGGGUGGAGCCGCUGAAGCUCUUGAAGCUCACCCAGGGAAGCAUACUCUAACACUGGCAAAUCGCAAAGGUUUCGUGAGAGAAGCCGUGAAGACCGGAGCUCAUCUGGUGCCAGUUUAUGCGUUUGGAGAGAAUGACAUAUAUAAGCAAAUUGACAACCCGGAAGGCUCGAAAUUACGGAAAAUUCAAGAAUGGGGAAAGAAGAAAAUGGGAAUUUCACUGCCACUAAUCUACGGAAGAGGAUAUUUUCAAAUGGCUCUUGGGCUUCUUCCAAUGAGCCGAGCUGUGAAUGUAGUUGUCGGAGCGCCUAUUCAAGUGGAAAAAGAGCUCGAUCCUUCUAAGGAAGUCAUUGAUGAAAUUCAUGGAGUUUAUAUGGAAAAGCUCGCCGAGUUAUUUGAAGAGCACAAGGCAAAGUUCGGAGUUUCCAAGGACACUCGGCUCGUUUUUCAGUGAAAUAACUUUUAUUUUAGAUUAUUUGUUUGAUGUUUGAUGUCUGUUAUGUUAUCAUUUUUUAUCACCAAAUCGUGUAAUUUUGUUUACGGGUUCAUUACUGAAUUAUUGAGAAAAUGAAUAUUUAUUCUUUUUU